GGUUCACGUAUCGUUUCAUUGUCGGUUAGUAUCGAACAAGGUAUAGGAUAUCGAAAAUUUGCUGAGCUUUGAAAUUUUGAUUUACUGGUAAAUAAUUCAUUAAGCAGUUUUGUUAUAGUUAUAUCAUGGAUUUGGAGAAAAAGGAAAGACGAAGCUCUCUCAAAUGCUCUGAUUCUGCUGCGGUUAAAAGAUUUGGCGGUCGUGUAGAUCAUGCUAAACCGAAGCGUCGAAUAAGUUUUUGUGGGAGAAAGUCUGUGAGAGAAUUCCACGCAGAAGAAAAACCUAAAAGUUGGAAUAACUCGUAUGAAAUUUCAGAUCAGCUCAAUGUUUCUGGAAAUACGACUUUGGGUUGUAAAACCGCUACGAGUACUGAUUAUAAGGAGAAUGGUGUUAAUGAAGAAAAUAUUUUGACUGUUUCCAAAAACUCUCACUAUAUGGAAAAUCAGAGUAAGGUUGUUUUACGAGAAAAUAAUAUGGAGAUACAUAACUUGGCAUAUAAAGUUUUCAAUAUUACUGGAAAAGGACUUCUUCAUCAUGGUGACCAAAACGAGGUUGAUGGUUGUGAAAUAAAACCAAUAUCUACGGAAGACACUUACUACGGAAAUGAAGACAUUUUGACGGAUGGCAAAAUGGUUAGCAAAGCUAACCAAAAAAGAUUUAGUGUAAUGCAGGCGAUGGAAAUGGAUAUAUCAAAAGUACAUGAAAAUGAAGCACAUUCAACAAAUAAACUUAUAAAUGUUAGUAAUAAUGACGAAAUCGAAUUUAUUACUAAUAAAUUUAACAACCAGCUCACAACAAUUACAUUUGAGUCGAUAGAAUCAGUAAACAAUGCGGGUAGGAGAUCAAUGAAUUUUGAGGAGUCUAUGGACAUUUCUAUGCAAAUGAAUGAGCAUAUGGAUAUAAAUUCUAAAAACAAUUAUUCUCAUUUAAAUUCUAAAGGAGAAUUACAAAUAACUGCAACAACAGAACCGAUCGCUACAAAAGCGUGUGCUUCAUCUGAAAAUUUGUUCACGGGUACCAUACUGAAAAUAAAGGAUAAUCGGUUCCUAUGCGCAAAUACAAUAGUUGAAUCAGGUUCAGAUGGUCAAUAUUCUAAUAAUAGCUCAAUUUGUAACAUAGAAGGUAAAUCGGAUAUUAAAAAUGAUGAGAACAGUUCAUUACGAAGCGUUAGUUACAACUCGCCUUUGUUUCCACCAAUUAAAAGUAAGAAGCUUAAUCUUCGCCAGUUGAAUGCAGAAAUUUGCGAUGGAAAAAUAGUCGUAUUUCCAAAUAAAUUUAAACAACAGACUAGUCCUAAUAUUAAUAAUGUACUGAAAAUGCAUUUUAAAGAUGAGGAAUAUAUUAAUGAUAUCUCAGAAGUUAUAAAUAAUAAGAAAGAUGUAUCAGAAUUUUUGGAAUAUGAAGAUAUGACGACAGACAAUACAAGUUUUCUUGUGAGAGAAAAAGUAGGCGAUGAGACGGUUUUUGGAAAUGUCUCAAAACAAGCCGAACAUGAUGGUGGAAAUACGUUUCCCACCAAAGAGGUCUUUUCGUCUUCAAUAAUAAAAGAUAUAAGUCUUGAAAGUAUAAACAGAGAUUUUCCGAACAACGUACAAAAUAUCAGCGGAUUAAAACCUAGUAACUAUAUAUUAAAUGCCAAAAAAUCGAAUGCAUCAAAUAAAGAUUUUAGAAGGUCGGUAUAUGAUCCCUUAGAUAUGAGUUUGAAUUUAACAAAUAUUCAAACCUUAAGAAAUACUUCUCCCAAAAGAAGAGAGUCGGAAGAUACUGAAACCUGUUACGAAACUAAAGAUGUUACGGAACUUGAUCUAACUCCGCAAAAUAACAAAAAUCUUUAUAAACAGAGACAUACUAUAUGUUUUAAUGAAGAUAUAGCACCAUUAAAAUCUGACUUACACUCCUUGUCAGGGCUAGAUAGCAAUAAACUCGAAUCGUCGCAUAAUAUUAAUUUGCAGGAAGACAAUGAUAAUAUUGAGUUAAAAUGCACACCGAUUUCGAAAGUUGCGAAGGUCAACAAAGCGGUUGUGAUGCGACAGAAGGCCCUCGAUUUUAGUGAUGGUAGUAGCGAUUCCUUAAUAUUAAAUUUAAAAGAAGCUAGGGCUGCUUUAUCUUCUAAUUGUAAACGUAGAAUUGAAGGUACUCCACAUCGAUCAUUCUUAGAGUUUGUGCAUUUAGAAAAAGAAGUUGAAAAGGAUGAUGAAAUGUCGUUUGAUAAAGGAAUACAAGAGGAGUCCAAUCCAAAAUCACCGAUUGAGCCAUUUAAGGAAAAUAAACAACAAAAGCCGCGACAUGAAAUUGAGUCUUCGCAUAAAUCAUCGCAUAUUAACUUGUCAAGGUUUAAUCUUAUAGAAAUUGAUAAUCUUAGUCGUAUUUCAGUGGCAUCCAGUCCUAUUUCGGAUUCAUUUCUUUAUAAACGGUCUACAGCAAAUUUGACUCCAAAUUUACCAUUUCCUAAAAAAAGACAAACACUUCUGUUCAAUGACUGUCCGAUGGACGAAUCUAUAAACUGCUCCGAGCCUAAAAAUAUAAGUAUUCGGAGUACCAAUCAAGACAUCCAUAAAAAAUGCACAGCACCCGAAUCCAUAGACACGGAAAUGUACGCACUGAAACUAAAGGCUAUAAAAACUGAUGAGCCAAACAAAACUAAGACAUCUGUCGAAGAUAUCGCAUUAGUAGAAGAUACUAUAAAACAAACACAAUUAAAAAUUGAAGUUUCUCAGGUUCUUAAAUGUCAAAAUAAAACCGAUAGUCCUAGUCUGAAUACAUUCCAGUCUACUAUUCCUAAAACCUACAAUUGUGAUGCAAAGGAGCGAAAAUCUAUUACAGUACAACAGACAGAUACAAGUAAAGGAGGGGAUUCUACAGUGAUGGAAGUUUCUUUAAAUACAAUUCAACUUCCUAGGAGAGCGCCAACAAAACUCGAGGAUCGGAAUUCAUGUAUGAAACUUCCAUCUGCUUCUGAAACAUCAGAUAAUCUUGUAAUUGGGAAUGAAAUUUUUAAGAAUUUUGAAAACGUAUUUGAAGAUAACCCAAUAACAAUAUCUGAUGUAUCUGUACAUUAUUUAGCACAACGGAAGUCAUUUAUUAUUAAUAGGCUUGGAGAUGAUGUUAGCAAUGAUUACUUAACAGAUUCAAAUAAAGCAGCUGUUUUUAACAAACAGUUUAUAAAUUUAGAACGUGAAAAUUCUCCUUUAUGUAUUCCCGAAAUGGAUGAUAUUGACAAAACUCGCUUAAGCCUAGUUGAAACGCUCAUUUCUGAAAAUGCUGGAAAUGACGAAAAGAACGAACUCUCCGCGAAUCAAUCAAUUGGCGAAUUGGUAGAUAUUGGCAAAACACGCUUAAGUCUAGUUGAAACGCUCAUUUCUGAAAAUGCCGAAGAGAACCAGCUCUCUGCAAAUCAAUCAAUCGAAGAACUGGUAGUAGAGCAUAAUUGUGACACCAAUCGACAAAUUCCUGUAGAAAAUUGUCCUCUAUUGCUAAAGGAAAAUGAGACAAAAAUGAUUACGAAUAAAAAUCAUAUCACAUUGUGUCGUCGAUGUAAACAUAGUCGGGAGUCGUUUUCUUCUGGAAGUAUUUCAAUCACUACUGAGUCAUUUGCAUUGCCUUCUAUGUCUUCAUCCCCAUCCAUUGGCUUAGAACGCUUAGAGAGACUCCGCAAACUUCCGAAAUUGAAAGAUGUCCAUGAAUAUUGGCGAAGAAGAUCGUUGGAAAAAAAUGAUUCAAAUUUAUCGAAUUCAUUGGGCUUUAGCUUUGAUUCAGAAUAUGAAAAAACUUCGGAUCCUUUUAGAGAAAUUCUAAACCUUAAUAAUUGCGUCUUUAAAAGAAUAGAGAACCAGCUCAGUGAACUACAUUUUGAAGCAUUACAAACUGAUAUUUUCUUUAAGAAUCUAAAUAAGAUGAUUAGCGAAAUAUUACCGAAUUGGGUGUUUAACUAUCAAACAAGGGCAAGGAAGAUAAUUACAUUUGUUCACAAAAGAUUUCUCUCUUUUUGUCUUGAAUUCGUAUACUACGACGACGGACAGCUUGGAAAUCAAAUUUCGAUACAAGACGUUUAUUUACGGAGCAGUCGAGUGUCAUCAAAAUAUUGGAAACCGAUUGAUCACAUCUUAGAUUUCAAUCUAAAAAUCAAUUUGCCGGUGGACUUAAAAUUACUUCUACAUGCUGGUAACAAUGAAGAUCCUAUUCUUAAGCUUCUGCAACACAUGGAUGACGUUUGCGCUAAUGUCCUUGAAGAUGCCCGCAGCCUGUGGAGAUUAGUUUGCAAAGAAGAAGCUUCACUGAUAAGAGAAUCCAAUCGAGUUGUUGUGCGAAAGUUUACACGGGAGUUUGAAGAAGUAGUAGAUAAUUAUCCGUUCGUUAAAAAAACUGAGUUCCAAAUAGAAGUAAAUAAUAUUCGAACUUUGACUGUUAAAGAUAUAAUAUCUCCUCCACUGUAUGCAUUUUCUGAAGAGUUAAAAUGUUUGCCCAGUGGCAUAUGUUUUCUCAAAGAAUUUCUUAAGUCUCCCUGCAGAUAUUUAAAGCAUUAAUUAUUUUUUAUUACAUAAGUACGUUAUUAAAAGAAUUCUUAAUAAAUAGUAAAAACGAAAAAAGAAAAUAAAAAUUGAUAUAUGCCCAGGAUGUAAGUUUGAAAAAUACAUUAAUAAGAACAGUUACGGAACUAUUUGCAUGACGAUCGACUGAAUGAAAUGCCCAAAAAGUUCUCACUUUUCCAGUGUUUUGUGUCCAUUUGUAUUCUUUUAAAAAUUGAUUGGUAACAAAUUUACAAGCAUUCAUUCCGCAGCGAAUUCGAUUUGGAUUCGAAAAGGAUUUUCGAUCGGAAAUUUUCAUGCUUUCAUUUAUUCCGUCGAUAAACUGCUUUCAAUUUCUUCUUCUCAUCCAUAACAGCCAUUCGUUUCUUCUUUCGGCAGUUUAGCGCCAAUUGGUAAUGCCAAGUGAAGCAGGUCCUUCUCCACCUGGACCUUCCAACGGAGUGAAAGUCUUUCUCUUCCUCGGCUUCUUCCGGCGCGUACUGCAUCGAACACAUUUUCAGAGUUGGAGCAUUUUCGUCCAUUCGAACAACAUGAUCUAGCCAGCGUAGCCGCUGUAUUUAUUCGCUGAACUUGGUCAAUGUCGUCGUAUAAAUCGUACAGCUCAUCGUUCCAUCGUUUGCGGUAUUCGCAGUUGCCAAUGUUUAAGGGACCAUAAACAUUUCGCAAAACCUUUCUCUCGAAAACUCCUGUGCCGUC